UUUUUUCGGCUCGUCGCGGCGGUGGCUGAGCACUCUCGUUUGUACUGUUGGGAAUGUUUUACAAAAGAGUCUGAUAUGGUGGUUUCUGCUGGUAUGUGAAAGUAGAUAGAGAAGUAGCAUGGGAGGCGUAGAUCGACCCUUUUCGCGAUUGCGUUGGUGCGUUUCGCGGAACAAGAAGAACAUCAGCAGCAGUGCCCUGGGCUGAUAAGAUGAGCUGAUGGGAAAUUAAUAUGCAGUGCAUUUUUUUUUUCGGGAGAAAUUAGGUACCUACUAAUUAUUAGUUAGACAUUAUGUCAUGUAAUGUUAUUUGGACUUCUCGGAAAUUUCAGAAAAGCAUUAUUGAUUAAAAUGGAACGAAUGGAGGUGGACGACAAUGUUGUGGACCUAAGCGUUGCAUCCGGGCGAGACUCGCUCUCAAUUACUGCGGCCACAGCGCGUGAUUUGCGGGCACUAACGCAGAAUUCUGGUCUCACCAUAACACCGGCACCACCCCCUCCAGCAGCUUCUUCUCCGUCCGCAUCCGGAAGUACUUCUCCCGUUCCUGGGAGGCGUGUUCUUCGACCUCGUACGGAACCAAAAUCGUACGCUGAAGUCCCAGACAUAGUGCUAUUACCGGCGAAAGUCAAUGGACGUUCCUAUAACGGUGCUACGGCUACGGCUGCUCUGUCCGAAUCGGAAGACGACGAAAUGCCACCGGUGUUUCCGAUCAAAGAGCUCACCGCGGCAGAAAUUUGGGAACGUGAACGUGGCUUACGAAAGCUACGCGAAGAGCUUCGCAGCGAGGAAACCAAACUGGUGCUACUGAAAAAGCUGAAGCAGUCCCAGCAGGUAAUGAUGAAGGAAAAUAUCGUCGUAACGCCGACCAACACCAACAUGAAUAAUCCGUUGGCCGCGAUUCCAACGGCCUUGACGAAAGGUUCGCUCAGUGUUACGCCAACGAAUGCUCUACCGUUGCCGGCUCAUUCGAAAUCCUCCAAAUCCGUUACAGCCCCUCCCGUCAAUCGUGGAUCUCCUAUAAAUAUCACCCCGGUUACUAAACCACCCGCUAGACAACCCUCGCUGCCAGGAGGAGCUACUUUGACGCCCAGCAACCCUGGCCAACGGCUUCCAAUCGGACUAACCCGCACGGGUUCCAAUCUCACUAUUACACCGUCGGUUACGAUUACCCCGACGAAUGCUCCCUCCAGCAACAUCAAGCAGCGCAAUCUACCGACUAGUAGCAUGAUCGGUAUCAACAAUCUAAUGGAUACUAAUUUGAAGGUACAGUCCGGCCAGAUUAGCAACUCGGUGUCUAUCACUCCAGCACCUCCUAUGCCAGCACAAAUCAGUUGCACAACGGUGGAACCGGUUUCACUUAAACGCGAUCGGGACACCAGGGAUGAUACGCAAACCCAAGCUCAACGUCAAGCCGCGGCCAAGCUGGCACUUAGAAAACAACUGGAGAAAACGUUACUACAGAUCCCGCCGCCCAAACCUCCACCACCGGAGAUGCACUUUAUUCCUAAUCCCAGCAAUACCGAGUUCGUGUAUCUCCUGGGGCUGGAACACGUUGUCGACUAUCUUACCAAGGACAAAAAGCCGAGUCUACCGCAGCAACCGUACCGCUGCGCCCAGUGCAAAAUCGACUUCACCCCAGUUUGGAAGUGGGAAAAACAGGGUAAACGAGGAAAUCCAACUUUUCAAAACAGUCCAGUUGGAAAAGAUCCGAAGGUCAUUUGCGAACAAUGCGUUACUAGCAACGUUAAGAAGGCACUUAAGGCUGAGCAUACUAAUCGUCUAAAAACCGCUUUCGUGAAAGCACUGCAGCAGGAACAAGAGAUAGAGGCCCGUUUAGCUAGCCAAAGUAGUCCAUCGCCGGUGGAUACACGUCCCACGCCAUCAUCUACUCCAAACAUGCGGGAGCAACGCGAGUUGCAACAACAAUUGGAGCAACAGCAGCAACUUGAACGCCAGCAAGCUCAAGAACGCCAACAGCAGCAGGAGCGACAACAACAACAACAGCAGGAACGCCAAGCAGCUGCGCAGCGCCAGAAAGAACAAGAACAGCAACUACGCCAGCAGCAACUUCAGCAGUUGCAACAACAACAGCUUCAACAGCAGCUGCAACAACAGCAACUCCAACAAUUGCAACAACAGCAGGAACAACAACAACGUGUCCACCAACUGCAGCAGCAACAUGCUCAUCUUCAUUCACAACCAUCGAAAUCGAAAACUCCAACGCCAACACCGCGACCGACACCGACCCCACCGACACAGCAAACUCCACCACCAGCAUCCAGUUCGCGAUCCAACCGUCACAGUGCGACCUCCAAUGCAGCAGCCGAAGCUGCUGCAGCUCAGUUGACUGCCCUGGCCGGAUUAGGCGGCCUUGGUCAGUUAGGUGCUUUGGGAAAUCUGGGCAGCCUGGGUAAUUUGAACCCCACGGCGGCGGCAGCUGCCAUGCAGGCCUUCCAACAGCAGCUGUUCAGAGGUCUUCAGCAAGGAUUGUCCACCGGAAAUUUGAAUAAUCUACAGGCACAUAUGAUGCAAUUCUCUCCGUUAAUCUAUUCCUAUCAACUAGCCAUGGCACAAGCCGCUGCUUCCCUGUCAGCAGGCGGCAAAGGCGGCAGUGGUGGCGGAGGCAACAGCAACAAUGCUGCUGGAGUGGCAACUGCCGCCUCGAUAGCGGAGAUGCAACGGGCGAUGGAAUUGCAGCGCCAGUAUCUGGAAAUGUUGCCCCAGAGCGGUCCGAGCAACAGCCGUCAACAGAACUGGAAAUCCUAAACAGGCGAUUUUCUCAGUCAGGAUUGUUACUUUGUCUUUGAUAACGCUAUCAUCAAAAGCGAAUAGCCUGUACCUUGCGUGACAUCUACUGAUAAAAAAGUAGAUAUAGCGAGACAGGCGUUUGCCGUUGUUUUUUCUUUGUUUUUAAAAAACGUUUGUUCAUAUUAAGUAGCGCAAAUAGUUUAGACUUGAUUUUUUUUAUAACAAACACUAAAAUUCGUAGUUAUUCGAUCUGGUUUAAACAUCAGACAAGUCUGUCUUUCUUAUGUGUACUCUUAAACUCCGGAAAUUGGAGGUGCUCAAAUUAAAUUUCUUAGAAAAAAAUGGAUUCAAUUUAUCAAAGGUUGAAUGAUUUUUGUGUUUUUGCUUGAGGAAUUACUUUAUGUUCACAUAACGCAAACCAAAAAAAAUAUUUUCCUAAUUUCAAAGCUAAUCAUAAGAAAAAUUACGUCAAUGAAAGAUCCUUGAACAUGAAUUCGAAAACGCGGAACAUCAUAAGAUCAGAAAUGCAGAAAGGGAAAUUCAAAGCCCACACAGUUUUGACAACUCUAAUAUUUGUUUCGGCCCAAUUUUGAGAAUGUUCUGUUGUUUAUGAUAUGGUUUAUGAAAUGGUAAUCAUUAUUUUGUAUUUCAUUUUUGUAACAUACGUGUAAUUCAAAUCGAUUAUACCUAAUGGAAAUAUUCGACUCUAACAAAGGGGACAUGAGGACUUUAAUAGGUUUUGCUUUCCAUUAUUGUCAGCUUAAAAAAAAACAUCCUUGAAUAUUCUGUAAUUUGAUAUAAAAAAAUUGGGAAAAAUUUAUUAUUAUAAUUUAUUUAUUCAGUCUAAUAGCUUACUCAGAUCACAUCAUUCAGUAAUUUCAAAAUUAACAGAAAUUAAGAAAAUACGUCAUUUAUAAUAAAUAUCAUGAUAAAGAAAAA